UGGUAUGUUACAUCACAUUUGUGUGCGUUCUUUGUAUAUGUAUAUGUACAGGAACUUAUAGGCCUAUAUAUAGGCCCUACGGCCGUGGAGCUAGAUAAGAGAUACAUGCACACGGGCGAGUACAAAUAUAAACGGACGCCGCUGCUGUGUUGACGAAGGAGUAAAAAGCCAAAAUGUCAUCACUCGGGGACAUGCACGAGGACGUUAAGAAGCGACUGACGGGGUUGUGUGCAGCCGUCUUUACACCUUUCACACCUGACGGCGAAGUAAAUUAUGACAUGAUCCCGAAGUACGUGGAUCACCUGGUUGGUCAGCAAGUAGAGAAUGUUUUUAUUAAUGGAACGACCGGUGAAUCAACUCUUUUAACCGUAGAGGAAAGAAAGCUUAUAGCGGAGGCGUGGAUUGAUUCUGGACGGGGAAGGUUAAAGAAUAUAUUGAUCCACGUGGGCACAGACAACCUGAAGGACACUAAGGACCUCGCUGACCACGCCGAGAGUAUUAAAGCAGACGCCAUCUCUAUAAUGCCGCCUGUGUAUUUUAAACCUCGUAAUAUCAAACAACUUGUCUAUUUCUGCAAGGAGGUGGCGUCAGCAGCUCCCUCGUUACCGUUCUUCUACUACCACAUACCUGGAAUGACUGGAGUUGAACUAAACAUGGAAGACUUUCUGCAGGCCGCUGGCCCGGAGAUCCCCACCCUGUGUGGCAUAAAGUACUCAGGUAAAAACAUGAUGGACGCCACCCAGUGUCUCCUCAUGGACGGCAAAAAAUAUAAGAUUCUUUUUGGCGCAGACGAGCAAUUACUGUCUGCCCUGGCAGUGGGUAUGGACUCAGCCAUAGGAACUACAUACAAUUUCAUGCCUCGGCCGUUCCAGAGGAUGAUUGUCGCUCUAGAGCACUGUGAUCUGGACACUGCCAGGAAGGAACAGUAUAGGGCACAGGCACUCAUCAAUACUGCACUGCGCUAUGGGAAAGAAGCGGGAAAUGUCAGCGUGUUUAAGGAAAUCAUGUUAAUGAUUGGCUUGGACAUGGGACCGCCACGUGCACCUAUGAUCCGCCUGGACGCCGCUACCAGGAAGACGUUACAGUGGGAGGUGGAACAGACAGGCUUCUUCCAGUGGAUACAUUAAUAACAUAAAUACAUGAUUAAUAUACACUGAGAUCUUUCUAAAAACAGAGCCCAAACGUCCCAUAGGUACAGCCUCAAGCCUCGACCGUACCACCAGCGGACGAUCUUCCCUCUAAAUAACUGUGAUUUAAACACCGCCAUUACUUAAUUAAUUGAUGAAUUAAUUUAUUAAUUUGUCAUUUUCUUGAUUGUUUGUUUUCAUUAAUUUAUUGAUGUGACCUGUAAUAUGGGUAUAGGAAAUCAUGCAAUAUUUCAAUUCUUAACAGAAUACUUAAGAAAAGACAUGAUUUAAACUUGGAAACUGUGAUUAAGCAUUACCAAAAUAUUAGGACAGAGACAAAUUUAUUUCCUGGCAUAAUUCUACCUUUACUUGCUGUCCGUUCGCAACAAAUCACAAUCUUUUUAUGUACAGACACAGAUGUGUCUGUACAUAUAGCCAUCACCUGCGUCUGU